AACAAACCUUGUUCUUAAUCGGUUGUAAUUCUUCGUUUGUGUUGCGGCAUGUGUCCGAAAAUUCCCAAUCACGUAAAUUCAGAAAUGGAUUCGAACGUUUUUCAGAGCGAGUGAGCAUUUUAAAAACUUAAUCCCCCUUUUAGUAUAUAAAGGUCGGGCGAAAAAUGUCCAGCAUCUCAGUUCUGAGUCCGAUCCAAAGGAAUAACUAUGAUUUUGGCAAUAGCUAUCCUUUUUUGUAGUUGCGUCACUUUGCAAGCAAGUGACUACCCAUCAUACUACAUCAGUGAAUAUCCAGUACCACGAAGUGCUGAGGAGUUCCUUCAAGAGGGCUACGGAGACAAAUACGGAGAAGAUUACGACCAGGAUAAUCUGAAGAAAUUUCGGAAGUAUCAGAAAAAUUAUGGAGACAAAUAUGAGGAAGAUUACGACCAGAGUAAUCUGAGGAAAUUGCAGAAAUCUCAGGAAAAAUACGGCGCUGGUAAGUACAACGACGAACAAGACGAGUAUCUUCGAGAUCUGGCCCGAAAACAAGCACACAAAAGUGGAGCCGAGGCUUCCCUGAAACUAAAAGGUGGGGAAAAGGGUCAUGAGAGCAACGCCUAUGAUCGUGGAUCGUACGAGAAAGAGAAGAAAUAUGGAUACGAAAAGGCCUACGGUUAUGAAAAAGAAGUUAAAAACCACGACAAGAAGGCUGUUUCUUCAAGUUUUGCAAAGGAUUAUAACCACAACGAAAAGAAAGCCAACUACAAAGAAGAAGAAGCUGCUUUUAAAGACCGUGAGUUAAAGAACAAGAAACGAAAAUCUGGAUCCCAAUCUGAAGCUGCCAAAGAUUUUCUACUAGAUCUGAACGAGAAAGUAAACCGUGGGAAGAAAUAUAUUUCCAAAUACGGUAAUGAGAAUAACGACCAGCAAAAAAUUGGAUUCGUCCAACAGCCCGUUCGUAUAUACAAAUCUUUCAAACGUCCCGUUUACGUGAAGAGUUACGAACCUGAAGAUCGAAGUGGUUACAACAAAAACCGAUACUUCCCAGGACUUGGACUUCAGGGUUAUGGCAUGGAAUACGAAUUCAAUCCUUACCGUAGCAACUAUUUAGAUGAAUUUCUUUCUGCUGAUCAAGGGAUGAAAGUGCCUUUAAUCAACCCCUAUGGACAGUAUCAAGGUUAUUAUUCAAAAUCAAGUUAAGUUGGUGAUAUUGUUUUGCUGCUGGAUGGAUUUUUGGGUUUAGAUUCUUAUGUGAAUAUCCAUGAGAACAAAGAGUAUUUAAAUUAAUGUUUGUAUGUUGUGUUUGUUAUAGGUAUUAUUUUUAUA